AUGUCGAGUCCUUCACGCCAGGUUGGAAAUCGUCGGCUUCCUCCUCUACCAAGCGGUUCGCGCUACAGCCCUAUUUAUCAGCGCGCUUCGAACGGUCAUGGGACUUCGCCUGUUUCACAGGCAAAGGCAGCGAAAGGGCCUUCUAGCAACCGAACAUCAAACAACCAUGGUCAGAGCAGUCAUAUUACCCACAUUGAUCUGACCGCAAGCUUUGGCGAUGGGCCGUUUCGGCCAGCUUUGGUACAGGGAAAAGCGAUAGGAAAUGGCCAAGGUUAGUGCAAUUUUUUAAACGAGUUCGAACCGCGUUAAUGAUAGCAUUGACCCUUACAAUUUCACGGCACUAUUCUCGCACAAUCUCACUUUUGUUAUAUAUUGAUACAACGAUCAUGAAGUUUGAGUGCGUAAGAUUUUGUUCAGAAAUUCAAACCUAAUCAUGUGUUCUUUUGCAUCGUGAUCUGGCUUGAAGAUAUUGUUUGCUCCGAAGAAACAAAAAUUUGCCCCGUGUCCUACGCUCUUAAAUAAUUACCAACCUUUUUCCAGUUAAAUUGAUUUUCAUGAUUUCCUUUUUUGUGUGUAGGCGCUGUUUUGUGCCGAAAAUGGUAUUUUCAAAGAAAGAUAUGAUCUGUCCCUACUUUGGGUUUAUUUUAUUGCUCCUGUUUAUUUUUUCAAAAUUUCAGCUGAUGUCGAUGAAGAGGCAGUGCGUAUUUUUCUCCGAGCAAACCCUGUGUUUUUGGAGGAUUAUGUGAUGAAACAUGUCGAUCAAGACCGUUUGGAGCGAUGGCUCAUUAGGAAGACGCGAAAAUUGAAGAUUAAAGCGGGGAAGAAGCCUUCAAGUUCUCUCGAUCAUGAAAAUAAUAAACAAAGUGGUAAGCGGCCUGUUUUAAUUUGGGACAAUGUCAACUCUACCGUCAUUUGAAGUAACGAGCAGUUAAAGUAUUUUUCGGUGUGCUCCCUUUAUAUAAGUAAAAGGCGCAAUUUUAUACAUUUUUUUUAUACAGACCCACAUCGUCCAUCUCUGUCGAAGUGGAAGGUAAGCAAGCCAAAUGAUAUUGCAGUUUGUACGUACAUGUGUUCUUUUUUUUGUUAUUAGAGGCAUAAGAUAUCCUUCACUGGUUUGUGAGGCCACUUCCUUUGACAUUUGAAAUUGCCGCACUCGAAACGUUGACAUUUAAUCUUUUAGCGAUCGCCGUUUUCCUUUAAAUUUUAUUUUUAUUUCGUUAUUCCUUCGACAAGGUUUUCCGUUCGUUAACAAAUUAACCGAGGUCAUGGAUCCCGAUUGAAAAUAUUCUUAACACCAACUAGGAUGUACUGCGUUCAGUUUCACAACAUUAUAUAAAAAACAUCUGUAAGAAUGACUUACUUAAAUGAUUCAAUAGAUAUAUUAGAAAAGGAUAUUUUUCCAGCCAAACGACAGACUCAGGUUUGAAAAAUAAUUUACUUUAAAAGAAAAUACUUGAAUGUCGUCAGAGAACUGUCAAAUUCUAAUAUGGUUAAACUCUUAGUCUGCAACAUCUGCUCCUUGUAUUUUGAAUGGGUCAUACUUUAGUAAAUAAUAAAAUUUAGCUGCUGUCAUCAUCGAUUAAUAAAUUUUUUAAAUUACUAUUGACCAUUGAAGAGUUUUCCUGUACUAAUAAAUUGAAUGGGGAGAUUUAGAUGUCACAGGAAAAUGACAUGAAAAAGAAAAAUAACUUUCAUUUCUCCGAUGAAUUUUUUGGGGAGCUUACAGUGAAUACCUUCUCAAACAGUGCCAGAUCUCUCUAAUAGCAUAACUUGUAAAUGUAGUGCCAACUUCGAAGUAGAAACAAUAAUAUUUUGCUUGAACAGUCUCAGUUCUCAGACUCCAUAAAAUUUGGUGAUUUCAAUAUUUUUUGUUUUGUAUUGGAAAAUUAAAAAAAGUAAGAAUUGUUUAAACACACAUGCAGAGCUGUUGUUGUGCUCAUUAAGUCUUAGUUGUUUUCCUACAUUGUGGUUUCUGUAGGGGUCAUAUUUUCAAUUUGCCAGUUUCUGUGGGGGUUAUGUUUUUCAAUUGCUAAUAUACCCAUUCCUCCCUCCCCACCCACCCCCAGUUUCUGUGUGGGUCAUAUUUUUCAAGUGGUGGUAAUAUUCUCCCCUCCCCCUUCCCCCCUGGUUUCUGCAGGAGUCAUAUUUUUCAGUACCAGUAGUAAUAUUCCUAUUCCUUAUCCCUCCAUCCCACAUGGUGUUUGAGGGCUUAAGGGGAUACCCCUAUUUUAUUGAUUUUUUUUGGAUAGAAACCAGAAAUUAUUAAUUCCUAUCCCUAUAUCACCCUUGACAUUGUUAGGCUUUCUCAAGCUUUAAUUCCCAUUAAGCUGGAUACUUCCCCUGGUAAAGUAGUUAAGAGGAUUAUGUGAUUUAUCAAGAUAAUACCUCUCAGGUUCAGUGCUCUUUGUUCUUAUCAUCAGCUUCUUGGGAAAAUCCCAUUUAAUCACUUGUUUGGGUUAAAUUUAUAUGUAACAUGCUUAAUUGUAUUAUAAAAACCCUGAUUAAUGACUGGUGGGUUUUAUGGGUAGCCCAUCUAAAAAAAUUGACAUUGAGUUUUCAAAAGGCAAUUUAUUGUAAGAAAAUAUUUUGUCACUGUUAAAGGUAACCAAUUAACUCCUAGAUCAAGUUUGUAAUUCUCCUUACUGGCAACUAUACAAUUCCUAUGUUAAUUCAGAGAAUUUAGUAUUGGAUCAACUAAAUUUGAUCCAAUUUUGAUUUUAUCCCCAUAUUGAUAUUUUUCUUUAUUCUCGUCACUUAUCUGGUUGAUGUUGUAUUGAUAUUGUAAGGAGAAUUUCUGUCUUGAUCACUCAUGGGAGUUAAAGGGGCAACCUUUUCUUUUUGGCCCAGGAACAACACAGAAUUCAGGAAUGCAUUAGUAGGGGAGGGGAGGUGUAUUAUAUUAACCAGUUCUUGUGUUAAAGUAAAGUUUUAUUUAUUUAUUUUCCUCUCUGUACAGUUUUGUGUACAUAGUGAUAAGAAGAAAAUGCUGGAAGAGCUGACAAAUGAUAUUCAUCAGUCACCAAACAAGCAGAAGGUGUUGAUGGAGUUGGCAAACUGUAUUGCAUCAGGUAGGAUAUGCUAAGGCUAGUGAAGUUGAAAAAAAUGCUCAAAAAUCUCUUUUAGUGAGUAAUAUAGAGUAAUUUAUAGCUGGCUGUUCAAGUUGCUAGUUGUAGCUAGAUUAGAUGAAUGCAUUGCCAUUAAAUUUUGUAGAGAGUACUAAUAAUUUAAUGGUAAUGAUUUGAUAACAGCUAUAUUUUCUUGCCAUAAAAUUCUUUCCCACACCUUAAUGUGAAAAGUUGGUUGCUAAAUGGAGACUUUUAACCCGGGGGGUCAUACUGCGGUUAACUUUUAGUGGAUAACACAAACAUUAGCCUUGACGACUCUUGUUAUUAUGCGCAGCCCCCUAUGGCAAUCUUAAAAUUAAUUUACAUGUGCUGUAUGAUCCUGGGCUGAAAGCUGUUUUGGAAUAAUUAAUUUUUUCCAAUUCUUUUUAAAGCAUUCAAUCAUUGAAUUGUACACAAAUGGCCUAAUAAACUGAAUUUCUUUAAAAGCUUUCAGAUCUGAAAUAAAAUUUCACACUAACCUUGUGUUAUCUAAACCCAGUUUUCAACAACCUAGCCCUGUACAUUAUGAUUUUAAAAAAUUAAUGGGUGUAUGAUAAUUAAUUCACGUAUGUUUGGUGUUUCUCUUUUAACAGCUUGUCAUGCAGAUUCUUUCACUUUGUAUUUAGUUGAUGCUACAGGAAAGGUAAGAUGUUGCUAGGCACUGAAAUGAUAAAAAAAAUGAUAUUAAUGAAGGAUAAAAAUAUGUAACUGCAAUUAUUGUAAUUCAAGUCAAUGAUUAUCAAACACACUAUGGUACCACCAAUCAGAAGGAAAAAAACUUGAAUUAUAUAUUCAUUAUGAUGUGUAAAAUGACUACCGUAAUUGUAAACUAAUAGCUGUAAAUUACUAUCAAAAUGAUUUGCAACGUACAUUGCUCUGUGCUUUUUUUUUUUUUUAAUCCUCAUAGGUUAAGAAUUUUACCCUUAAACUCCCAUGAGUGACCAAGACAGAAUUUUUCCCUACAAUAUCCAUAGGGCUAGGGUUAGCAACCAGAUAAGUGAUGAGAAUAACGACAAAUAUCAAUUUGGGGAUAAUUAAUUGAUCAAAUACUAAAUUCUCUGAACUAACAUUAUGAGAAUUGUAUGAUUGACACUGAGAAGAAUUACAAAUUUGAUCUGGGAGUCAAAGGGUUAAUUUAAAAUGAUCUGUAUUUGAAUAACAUGAUCAGCAAUGUUGUGAGAUCAUCAUUUUGUUAAUGAAUGUUUUGUUUGAUUGUCAGGCAUUGUUCAUCUACAAUCCUAACCAUCCAGAAGGGUAAGUAUUUCUAAUGUAAAACUCCUCUUGUGAACCCUUUAAUUCCCAGAAGUGAUUAAGCUGUAACUUCUCCCUUUAAUAUCCAUACAUUAUCCAAGAAACAAGUAAUUACAAUACUUAAACUUAUCAGGUAGAUGUUGUUAUCUUGAUUUGACACCAAGGUCUCAUUACUGAUUUACAAGGACAUGUUUGGCAACUGGAGGGGAGAAUUAUUAAUCAGAUCUUGGUAGUUAAAGGGUUGAAUGACACUUUUUUAUUAUCUUGACUACAUAAAGCCCAUCCUUCCCUUCUAAUUCUUGUAUGAUAUUUUUUUCAUAUUUUUUUGGUCAAUUAUAUGUUUGUCUGAUUUGAAGAAAGUCUGGAAACUUUCAGAGCUUCAAUCUAUUUUUUUCCCUUGAGGAAAAUGCAUUGCUCCAAUACAAGGGUGCUAUAUUGAUAUUUAUUGAUCCAAUUUGUUAGAAAUAGUUAAACAAUGAAUACUGCAAGAUUCUCGGUAAUGAUAGCUUUUAACUUUAUUUCACAUAUUUGAACUAAUCCUGUGAAUAUUAUCAGAGUGAUGAGAUAUAAUACAAUUGUUUUUAGGAGGACUUCAUCAAAUAUUCAAAUAAAGGAUGGAAGUACAAUUGCAGCAUAUGUAGCUUUUACUCAAAAGCCAUUCAGAACAAAUGAAGUGUUGGGAGUAAGUGCUGUACUUUUAGCUCUCGAGGCUCUGCAGUCAAUAUUUGAGGUCUUCUCACUGAGUUGAAUGCCACUCAUUUUCCCAUUACAAGUAUAAUGUCUCAGAGAAAUUCUUAAAGAUCUGGGUACAGUAUGUUGUUCAAGGACUGAUAAGUGCUAACCUAUGGUUAAAUUUUGAUCCAGGUUUAUUUACUCCUUUGUUCGAAAGCCUUUUUAGGAUAUUUCUCAGUAGUAUUCUUUUGAGAGCAUCCAUUAAUCAAAUUUUAGACAAGAAGAAGGGAACUGAAUUUUCCCUUAAAGCUUUCAGAUUAGAAAUCAGAUUUCACAUUAACCCUGAGUUAAUCUAACUCAUCUUUUAACAGCUGUGCCCAGGGCAAUUUCUUUUUAACCUGUUACUCCUUUGCAUCACUGCCAUGCAUAUUCUCUAUAUAAAUUUCCUAAGGAGCUGACAAGGAGAGUAUUUGUUUAACACUUAAGAGCUUCUAGAGUUGGUGAUCAUUUGCUAUUAAUAUUCCCUUGACCUUUAAGUGUGAUUUAGGGGUGAUAUUGCAAGGAGAAAUUAGAUGCUAGUCACUCUUAGGAAUCAAAGUGUUAAGGAAAAAUGGGAAGUUCUGAUAUUAUGAGGAGACAAAUUCAAUGCUGAACAUUAUUAGGGCUUAGAAGGUUUUAAAAACUUUACCACACUUCCUACAACUCAAGAUCUGAUUCACUUUAGGAUCUUUAGUUAAUGUGUGUGGUCAUUAAUUAUUCAAUUUAUAAACCUAGCCACAAUAAGUCAUUAAGACAGCAAAUCCAUAAGUGACUAAUUCUGAACUUGAAAAAUGCUCAAUUGAAUCUAUUGUUACUUGCCAAAACUCCUCUAGGUCACUUUUUCCAUUGUACCUGCAGCUGUUGUUCUCAAAAAUUCAGCUGGGCUCUGCAAAAAGCAAGUUUUCAAAAAUUUCACAUCCAAUCAUGAAAUCUAACUUGUGGGAGAAUGUUCUGUCAUCAUUUUAUUAACUCUGUUCUUGUUAGGUAAAUCAUUUUCCCCUUUUUUCUAAGUUUGUUUUCUUUGUUUUACUUUUAUUUACAAGGAAUAUACUUAAGGUUUAUUAACUAAUGCAGCUUCCAAAUCUCCUAAAUUUGCUUUAUUUGAAUUCAGGAUGACCGUUUUCCAGAAGGAAUAGGACUGGAAGGUAACUAAUUAUUAUAUUCUCUUAUUUUGCAUUUGAAUAAGUUCAAUAAUUUGUGUCUACUGUUAUUUAAAAUUUCUGCAGCACAGUGUUUAAGAACUUCCACAAUACACAAUUAAUUGAUUCUCAUUCAUAAGGGUGUUAAUGUUAUCGCAGGUUCACAGUCAAUUUAUUACUUAAAGCUAUUAUGUACUUGCUAAGCUAAAAAAAGAGCAGAUUUUGUCUUUCCCCUCCAGUUUCUACUUAAAAUUGUCAUUAGUUCUUGCCUGUAGUUUUCUUUUAAACAAUUUACAGUACUCUUUAUUUUCUUUAGCAAGCAUGUUGUGUGUUUCCUCGAUCAAGUUGAUUAAAUUAAGGAUUAUUGAUAUGUUGAUCUUAAGGACUUAAUGACUUGUAAACUUUUGCCAUCUAUUUGGAGCUUUUGGGAUAAACUUCUUGAUGAUAAAUUACAGGAAAAAUUAUUUUAUCAUUAAACUAUCAGAAAUGAAUGUCUUUUCAGAUAGCACAGCACAGUCUGCUUUAUGUCAGCCAAUCAUUCAGUCAAAUGGCGAGCUUAUUGGUGAGUUUAAGCUUUGUAUGGAUAAACUCCUAUUAACAGUACUUAUCAAGAUAGGAAGCUGCAGGUGCCUAAGUUUUGUAUCAUGCUAUCAAGAAAAUAAAUUUAUUAAAAGAUAAAAGACACAAGUUGAUGGGCCAAUCAUGCAUGAAUAAACUUUUGGACCAUAUGUUUUCUAACCCUAAAACUCCCAUAAGUGUAACUUCUUCCUAAAAUAUCCAUACAUUAUGCAGCAAAUGGGUAAUGGGAAUACUCAAACUUAUCAGGAAAAAGUUGUUAUCUUUAUUCAACACCAACUUCCUGUAACUAGUUUACAAGGAAAAGUGUGGCAGCUAGAGGAGAGAAUUGACAAUCAGGUCUUGGGAGUUACCUCCAUUGCUUUUGUUAGUGCAAGAAACUACAGUCUUGUGGUACUUUUGUGCUGCUUAGUUGAGUUAGGAAAAUUCUUUGUUUUAUUCUGUACAGGUGUGAUUGAGUUAUGUAGGAGACUUGGUCAUGAAGCAUUUGGAGAAGAAGAUGAUGAGGUAUGAUACACUUUGCUUUAAUUCAGAAAAUUCUUACUUUUUAUUGAUUAAACCCAAGGUCAGAAAUGUAAGAUAUAUAAUCAAGUUUUAAACACAGUUGAUAAGUGAAUCAUGUUACUACAGAAGGUGUACAACCCUGUGUGCUAGUUAUGUGUCUAAUUUGCCUCUGAUAUUUUCUAGAUUGUCAACAGCUACCUUGUGUGGGGCGGAAUAUCACUGUAUUAUGCAGAGGUAAAUAACUUAUUAUUAUCAAGAUAUUAUGAUGAUGUAAGUUAAUUUUUUAAACAUUGCAAAUAGAUAUAUUAAGUUGAAAUUAGGAGGUAAAAAAGACUGCUUGAUAACCUUAGCUGUCCUUUUUGAAGUCUAUAAUAAAUUCCUGUCUAUUAGUAAUCAUAGAUUCCCUUUUCUUACAUGAUUGUAUACAUUUUUCAAUUUUUCAGAUGUUCCAAAACAUGCAAAGACACAGAAAAUUGACAGAGUUUCUACUAAAUGUGACAAGGUAAAUCAAAUGAAUAUUUUUUUAAAACAGAUGUGGGAAAAAAAAAACCUGAAAUGUUAUUACAAUUUGAUUUUUUGGGUUUUUUGUAAUUCUCAUUCUUACCACUGAGUACAAAAUACUAAAUGAAUGACUUUCUUCACAGAGGCUUUCAAUAUUUUCAAGUUUACAUUAUAUGUAAUAGAGAAGCCUGUGAGGCCUCACUCAUGUUGCUUUGUUAUGUCAUAGUAUUAAUAUAAGAAAUUGAGCAAGCUCUGUUGACUUUUAUCUUCUGUUUAUUUUUCAGGUCAAUCUUUCAAGAUAUUGUCAGCAUGGAUACAGUGAUUAUGAAGAUUAUGGUGAGAAUGUGAUACACAUUCAACCAUUGCAAAUGUAUUUUAACCACUAACUCCCAUGAGUGACCAAAAAACUGACUUUCUCCUUACAAUAUCAAGCAGAUAAGGGAUUCUUAGUUGAUCCUGUUGAAUUGUUAAUUCUCUAAACCAUCAUUACAAAAAUUGUAUAGCAGACAGUAAGGAGAAUUGUUACUCAGAUCUUGGGAGUGAAAGGGUUACAUUUACAUAAAAAAGUGCACACACCAGUGUAGCCAUACAUGUUUUGCAGAAACAUCUUUGUUAACUUUGUAAAGUGCAUUUGAAAUAACAUUUGCGCAGGCAGGUUAUUUAUUUCCUGGAUAGUUACUUUUUACUAGUGUCACUAAUGUAUACACAAAGUGUAAAGUACCACAAGUACAAACAUGGAUUCAAAUGUCUCAGGGAAAUGGGUGAUGUUGUUCCACCACAAACAAAUACUGGAAAAGUACUUUGUAUUUGCAGUCAUCUGGAUAUGUGUUCCCAUUAAAUGUUCCCAUUAUACUCAGCUGUGACUGGUAAAGCCAGUGCAAAAGUGCUUGGGAGGUUUAAUUUGUGAAUAAUAAUGCAAUUGUUUGUAACGAUAGCGACCAUUUUAUUAUUGGUUCAAGUAACUCAUUCAAAUGUUUCCUUUUUUGACAAGAAUUAUGCACAAACUUUGGUGGAUGCAGACAGGACAUCACUCUUCCUUGUGGACAACAGAACAAAUGAAUUGUAUGCCAGGAUAUUUGAUAUAGGAGGGAGUCUUGAGGACAGCAGAUCAUCAAAUCUUCAAAAAGAAAUCAGGUGAUACAUGCAUAAAAUUAUUUUUUGUCAGAAAGAUUUUCAUUGAGAAUAACGCUGAUGAAAACUGAUUUUUCUGAAUAUUUGAGCAACACCAGUUCAAGGAUUGAUAACUGCAUAUUCAUCUGAACUGUGUUUUAAGUCUAGAGUAGAUGCCUGGGUAAUGUUAUUGCAGCUUUCCUACAAUUUUCACAAUCUUUUACAUGUAUUUGUGGUAAUCAACUUAUAUGACUGUACAGAUCAUAUUCAUUUGUACUUUAAUGGCUGACAUAAAAUUUAAGGACUAGUAAUACUAUGAAAAAGAGGUAAAAGAGGCAAGUUAUAAGGUUAAAGUAAUCAUUUAAUAAAUUUCAUUCAAGUUAUUAUCCUAGUUUAACUUCAGCUUAGACAUAUUACAUCAUAAAGCAAAAUUGUGACUUGAAACUUUAAUGCUAAACUCAGGUGGAAACUUUGAUUUGGCAACCAUCCCGGCCUACAGUUUUAGUCCCAAAAAUGUUUUUUUUCUUACCAUGGUGGUCAAAGCAGUUGUUGCAACUUGCAGUUCUGACCCAAGUCUUUUAUUUUUAAUUUUGUCAAAUACUGUCAGUAACUUUUUAACUGAUCUUGUUUUCCCAGGUUUCCAAAAACGAAGGGAGUGGCAGGCCAUGUGGCCACCACAGGAGAAACACUGAACAUUGCAGAUGCCUAUCAUGAUGAAAGAUUCAACAGGUGUGCUUGAAAUAAAUAUGUUUAUUCAAACGUUUCAGGCUUGUGCAUUUGUAAUUACAUAGAUUGGAUAAAUUGAACGAAAAUCACUUAAACUGCCUUGACCUUGUCCUAAAGAACCCUCCUUUGAUCAUAUUUGUUUUGCUGUUUGCAGGGAAAUUGACCUUCAGACUGGGUAUACCACUACUACAUUGCUUUGUAUGCCAAUUUUCAUCAGAGGAAAGUAAGUACUUAGUACAUAUAGGACCAUCUUCCUUAUAAGGGGAACAGCAACUGCAGUUUCUAGCUAAACUGAGUGUGUUGUCUGAUUCACCAGGUACCUGUGGGCUCUUGUCUUGGAUAUUUUGGGAUACCCAGCUCUUAAAACCUUUCAUAAGAGCUGAGUUAUAUAUUAAGUUUUCCAAAGUUAGCUCCCUGUGGCACCCACAUUUUGUGAAAGAGCAGCACUUGAGGCCAUUAGUUUUCACAGUCCUGUCCAGAUUACUCAUGAAAUGUCCUGGGGUGUUUUGUGAUCAAUCUUGCAGGUAGUAGAUGGAGCAAAAUAUAUUAUAUCUUUACUCUCCAACUCUCAUGUCUUAAAUUUUCAGGGAGUGGCCUUUUUCUUUCCAUCUACACCAACCAAACCUAGAGAGUUGGAAAAUGCGUAAAUGCUACCUAUUAAAAUAAAGAACAGGUUCCAAUAAAUCUAAUAAACUGACACUCUAGUGCUUAUUGAAGUUACAGUAGUUUUCCUAAUGUAUUAAAAAAUUGUUUGAAAUUUUAUUAAAUUUUCAGUAUUAUUGGUGUUGUUCAGAUGGUGAACAAAAAGAGUGGAGUAUUUACAGCUUCAGGUAACUUGUUUUAAACACAAGACAAAAGACUUAAAGGAAUAGAUAGUUGAAAUUAAAUGAAAGCUUUGAGCAUGGAAAUUGUGACUCUCUUCCACCAAACAUGAGUAUGUUACACCUUCCUGUCCAAAAUUUUUUUGUAAAUUAUGAUAAUGAGACAUACAAUUUAUCUUAUUUUUUGUACUUUUAGAUUUAACUAUAUAAAUCCUGCCUGAAAUACUGUUGAUUUUCUUUUAAGUUUGAUGACCGAGUAUUCAUUCAUGUAUCAGCAAACUUGUUCAAUUAUUUCAUAUCUAGAUGAAAAGUCUUUCCAGACAUUUGCAAUUUACUGUGGCUUGGCUCUCCACCAUGCAAAGGUUAGUUAACAUGAAUAGAAACUGCACAGUAACUUCACUUCAUUACCUAAAGAAGCAUCCUUUGUUCAGCAGUCUUGUAUAAUUUCAUGUAGCCAGGUAUUUCUUCAGCUUGGAGGGAAAUGUUUAAUUAAAAAAAAAACAAGUAAUCUCAAAGGUUUGGUGAGGUGCUGCGUCUAUAGUCUUAUAAAUAUCUGCCAAUGUUAGCAAUGGUUAUUAAUAGUAAUUUCAGUUGUGACCACCGUGGGAUGCCCUUUAACUUGCAAAAGUGAUUAAUAAUGAUCUUCUCCUUAAAUUGCUGAUACAUUAUUCAGCAGAGAUGUAUUGAGAUUACAUGAAGUUAUCAGCUUGAUGAUGUAAUCGCAAUAAACACCAUAUUCUUAGUGCUAAUUUUGAAAGAACUGUUUGGCAACUGGAAGUGACAAUUACAAAUUAACUAUGAGGGGUUAAGAAUUUUAAAAUACCAAAAUAUUUAAAGUUUGGCUGUGGACCAAAGUCUCUUAUUUCACACAAAGGACUUUCUGGAUGCAGGGAAGAAAGUAACAAAACGAAACUGUUUCUUUGCAGCUAUAUGACAAGAUAAGGAGGUCGGAGCAGAAACACAGGGUAAACUAUCAAGCUCUUUUGUAAUAUUCAAGCUUUUGCUUGGUUCUUACUUAUGAUCUGUUGGAGGACAGAUGCACAUAUGACGUCACCAUUAACGACUUUUCGCUUUUUAUGCGUUGGUUCAGUUAUAAUAGAUCCCAGAAGAAGUCAGAAUGUGAUAGGAACAUCAGUGGCACACUCGGCAGCGCCAAGUGUGCCACUUUUCAGUUCUUACCACCUUUAGAUGUCAUCUGUUAUAUACUGUUAAAGAGACGCUCAGCAACAUUUGUUACACUAAUAAACUUCCCGGGGGAAAUAUUUUCGAGCGACGACUCGUGUUUUUGAAUAGCUGUUUUUUAAAAAUCCCACCUCAUAAUUUAAGGACUUUUCCUGUGGGAACUUUUGAAAAGAGAGAAAAGACAAUCUUAUCAACAAAUUGAGAAGCCUUGACUUUGCUCUGUUCUGUUGUAAAGCACGAAACAAGUGAGAAACACGAGACGUAAUCGAGUCUUUCUUCCCACUUAUUGAGUGCUCUAACCGAUACCUAAGUGAUUUACAACAGAACAGAGCACAGUCAAGGCGUCUGUAUUUGCUUUAUUAUAAAACGUCCUUUAAAUUCCCCUCGCAUUACUUUCAAUUUUUCAAAGAAACUUUAUUUCCAGGCGAACAACGGUAUCGUCAGUAUGCUCUAUACUCUGAUAGAGCACGCUCUUUCUACCGCUCUUUCAGCGCGCGCUAUAUCCGAACCUUAUUAUAUUUAAAAAAAAACAGUACAAGUCAAAUCAGACUUUGCUUGCUUAUCUUAUUCAUUUUACACUGGAAGUUUAGCAGUGAGAAAGAAAGUUAUUGACUUAACUCUGACUGAAUAUCAGUCAGGAUGACGGCGAAGUGACCGGUAUGUCGACGGGUUGACCAUGGGUGACAGUAAAUUGACAACUUGUGUCGGCGAGUUGACAUGACAAUCUGUCACCAAAUGUACUCGUUCCAUUUUUUUUUCUGGCGGGGUGCCAAAUAUAUCGAACCUUGAGGAUUCGUGUCAGUGUCCAUUUCAUUUUCAUCUUCGGUAACAGGGUGUUAAUUGUGGCCUAUUUUAUUUAUUUUAGGUCGCAUUGGAAGUGCUAUCAUAUCACAGCAAGUGUUCUGAGCGGGAGCUAACAUCCACCCAAGAGAUGCCAGUUCAAGAACCUUUUCCAUCUUUGGAAUCGUACGUACAAGUGAUACCUUCUAUACUACCCUUUACACUUUAAUAUCAGUAUGCAUCUUCUCCUUAGUGUUCUCUGUACAUUCCCUAAGGUUCUGAUAAGGAGAAUUUGUUCAACGAUCAAGAGCGUCUUUAGUUGGUGAUUGUUUCCUUUAUUCUCGUGACCUUAAUGUGUCAUUUGGCGGUGACGUUGUAAAGAAAAUUAGAUUCUAGUCAUUCGUAGGGGUCAAACGGUAAUGGUUGAAAAUUGACAGUUUGCGAGAGUCGAGCGGGCGAGCUUAGGAGAGGUCUACGAGAAGUGAGAAGUCUAAGUCGACUUUCCAUGGACUUCACGAGAAGCCCACCCUACCCUCUCUUCCCCUUUCCCCCCCUCCCCCCCGUACUAGUGUAUAGGCAGCAUUGAGAGCUUCGGUGAUCGCGGACCAUUUUUUUAUUGGAAUUUUAAUACAUAAGAACGAUUCAAGUGUUAGCGUUAAGCCCCUUCUGUACAAUGAACAAUACAUCAGUAAGUCGUGCUUCUUGUUUUUUUGUAAUUGACAGGUAUAAAUUUGAUUCAUACUCACUGAUAAAUGAAGGAAUAGACUUCAUGCCAAGUCUAGUCAUUCAAAUGACAAAGAAUCUCUUCUCACUUCAAAGGUUAGGAUUUAUUUACUUCAGUUCAAUUUUUUUUUUUUACUAGACAUUUUCGUAGCCAAGGGAUCAAAGGGAGAAUGUUUUGGGUUUACCGACUCGUAAUCGAAUAGCGUUCUAUUAGCACGGAGGGGAUACCUCUUAUCACUAGACACUUACCUUUGUCUCAAUUACGUCCCCUUUAUGUAGGUUCUACUUUAUGGUAUAACUUUAUAUCAAUACACCAUGCUUUUCUACGGGUGUGAAACUUAGUUCCCAUGGAUCAUACUGCUAUAUUUACAUUAUUUUUAAUCCUUUUUUUCUAGUUAUUUUGCAGAAAAUGUAUCUCACAUAUCUCUUUUUUAUGUUACUACCCUUUGCAAUCUAUAAUUACCACUAUGUAAAUUUCUAAAUUUGAAUUAUUGUUCACAUAUACCUUGCUACUCUUCAUUUAUUUUGGAUAAAUAAAAUGUCAGAAUUGACCGAUUUGCCUCUUACUGCUUAGUUCAGUUGGUUGGGCAUUGUAGUGGUGUGAUGAAAGUCACAUGUUAAAAUCCCAAAGUUCAAAUUGUUUUCAACUCCUGCCAACACACAUCGUCUCUAUAGCACUCCUUAGGGGGCUUUCCAACAGGAGACAUACUUUUAUGCUCUAAAUGUUUUUUUGUCCUUUCACCGUAAUAACAUCAGAAUAGAUUAGGAGCGUUAGGUUAGGUUUGGAUUAAUCUAUUGACUGUCUUAUGUUAUAGAUUUGGAGUUGACGAACUCUGGCGGUUUGUGCUUACCGUGAAGAAGAAUUAUCGAGAUGUUCCAUACCACAACUGGACCCAUGCCUUCGCUGUCGCACAUUCCAUGUAUCUCGUCAUUCGAUCUGGGAACGAAAAAUUCACUGCACUUGAGGUACGGAGCGUUUUUGUCUUCUUUGCUUACCAAAAAACUUAAACCUUUGACCCCAUAGAGUGACGGGGGGGGGGGUCUGCCAGUUUUAUUUUCUUUUUGUAGAGACAAAAAAUAUACAGCUGUGCCCUAGAUACAAGGAGACACCGAAAGCCACGCUGAACUCAGCUUAUUUGGAACAAUAUUUCAAUUUAUUGGUUAAAGAGAAAUGGAGAAUGUGAUUUCAGUUAAUUCGUACCCUAUUCUUUGACUGCCUGCAGGCCCUGGCCAUGUUUUUUGCGUCAUUGUGCCAUGACUUGGAUCACCGUGGUCGCACCAACUCGUGGAUGAAGAAUGAACAGACUCCCCUGGCUGCUGUGUAUAGCACGUCAACUAUGGAACAUCAUCACUUCAACCAAACCAUUACCAUCCUUCAGGUACGAUUACCCUUGCGAGUGUUCAGUCAAAAGAGGAACGAAUAAAAAGUUUUAAAAGAAUGUUAGAGGGAGGGGAUAUCUUUUUGACAACAGGGACGAAUCCGAGCAAGUGCAUUCUGCGAGUGACCCGACCGAUUUUUGAGUGAUAUUAAAAUUGAAAUUACUUUUCCACAGUUCCAACUAAACAAGCCAAAUGUUACUUUCCUGUCAACAGCAUGAAGGCCACAACAUCUUCUCUCACCUAAGUCCGGCAGAGUACAAAACAGUGCUUGGUUAUAUGAAGGAGUGUAUCCUUGCCACAGAUCUGGCGCUGUUUUUCGGUAACAAGUCUAAACUGAAGGAGUUGGUGGAAAAAGGACAGUUCACAUGGGACAACCAAGAUCACAGGUAACAUACGAUACUGAAUGGAGGACUGCGAGUCAGAACUAGACUGUUAAAAGAGUCAAAAUCCUUGGGGGAACAGGGAAUGAUGCAGUCAGUGGUGAGAGCGUUUGUUUUACUCCCACCGCUGUGGCUUGGGUUUCAUUCCCGCACCUGUUGUUACAUAUGGGUUGAGUUUGUUGCUAGUUCUCGUCCCUACGGUUUUCUUCUGGGUUCGCCGGUUUUCCUCCUUCCACAAAAUCCAUCUUUCCAAAUUCUAAUUCUAAUUUGACUUGGAAAUAAUAAACAAGAAAAGCCACCUUGUGGAAUGUUCACUGCUAAAGCCCAUCAUUAUAAUUAAAAUCCUUUCUUCUGGCCUUUCAUUUUGAUCGUUGAGCAGUCACUUCGAGUUGUUUUUCGAGAACGAGCUUAAACCUUCUCCCUUUUCAGGGUAGGGUGGGAGCCGACGUUGUCUUCUUCCAAGAUUUUUCUCGCUAAAUCAUCUAAUAAAAAAACACCGACAGAGAGACGAAAAACGAUUUUGAUUUAAAAUUGGUAGAGUUAAUGAGAACACUUUACUCUUGCUUAUGAAAGGGUGUUGCUUUCCAUGUCCCAAAGAGCGGUUAAAUUCAUUACAGACCUGUUUACAAUCUGUCCAUCGGUUUUGAACUAAUUCAAGGAACUGUGCAUGGUCAACUCUUGUCUCUUAAAUGCUUAUAACUUUAUUUAAAUAUCUAGUCGACACAACUUCCGUUUCAUAGAAGUGAAAGCAUAUGGUAACCAUCAUGCGUUCGAAUGGCUGGAAAACACAGAAACGCAACUGAUUGUCGUUUCCUAAAUGACGGUGCAUCAGCAACUGACUUGAAGACUUUUGUCCCUUCCAGGAAGCUGUUACGUGCUAUUUGUAUGACAGCUUGUGAUUUAUCUGCCUGCACAAAGCCGUGGGAAAUUCAGUUGGAGAUUGUGAGGGUCAUUUAUCAAGAGUUUUACGCUGAGGUGCGUUUUGUAGCAAGUACUUUGCACUUGGUAAUGAAGUAGGCUCUUUGAUCAACUGAUGACCUACGUGGUCGGCAUAGUGUAAUCCUGAAUAAAGGGGUUAAGUUCCUUAAGAAACUGUGGUGCCACGUGUUAGUGGGGUUUACAAGAUAAUUUGGUGUGAUCAACUGAGUUGAUAAUGUAAGUUGGCCACCUUAAAGACUUUUUAAAACUGACGGUUCGAGCGUUAGCCCAUCGUUAGAGCGAACGUUAUACUCCUGGUCAAGUUGGAUUGAAAGAGCUUAUAAAAACCAUAACAUUUUCAUUUCUCGUUCAGUGUUAAACAACAUCCUCGCACAACCUCUGGUGCUCUUUCUUGCUUUUCUUGCUUUUGCUUUGAAUCUGUUAUGUCUGACUUUCCAUAGCUCAGCGGAGAUUUGACUUUUAUUGUUCUUUUUAAUGUUGUCAGGGUGAUCUUGAAAAGGCGCAGGGAAAAACACCCAUUGCAAUGAAGGACCGUAACACAGCGCACGAAUUGCCAGCGCAUCAGGUGAGAAGCUCUACUGAAUUAUAGCGAUGAAAAUUAGAGAGCAGACAUGUUUGUGCUACCUGCUCAAUAGAAUCAUAAAAAAAAAUUUCAUAUUUUUCAAGCCAUUUAUUCAAAGGUAAUAUUGUGUUUUUAUAACUACUUACAAAGCAUUUACAGCAAUUUUCAAUUGGGUGUCGAAAGUAAUCCGCGAUUGCAUUGGUUUUACUUAACUUUGCUCUUUGAUUGGUCUGGAAAACUCGCGCCACUUUCUCAACCAAUCAGAUGCAAAGCUUAAUACAAUCGCGACUUGGUCAUUUGCGUUUUCCCGCGCAUCAAGUAAUUUACUUGUUUUCACCUUGAGUUCUCAUUGGCUAACGAUGAUGUAAUCUUUGUUCUAAUUGGUCGUUAGGAUAACUUUGGUUUUGUCUUUCGACACUCAGUUGAAAACUGUUCUAAUUUUUACGCAGACCAGCUUUGAAAAUUCUUGAGAACAAAUUUUACAUUUGUCGUCAGGUUGGUUUCCUGGUUGGAAUCUGUUUACCUUGUUAUGAGCUCUUACAGAAGUGCAUUCCUGACACAAAACCACUUGUGGAAGGAUCUCAGUAAGUAGUGCGCUGUCUAAAUUGAUUAUCAGAAUUUGUUCUCCAGGUUAUUUUUUCUUUUUUUUUACUACUUUUUUCUGAUGCAAUGUCCUGCAACACGUGACUUUAAGGGAUAGUGCUGGUGCAGUUAGCUGAAAAGACGUUACUGAAUGAUUGAUUUUCUCAUUAAGAAAGUUGCCGUUUUGAAGUUUCACUACCAUAUAUAUGUUCUGAUCAGAAAUUACGUGAGCCUUAAGUUCUCACGAAGUCCAACUCGGAACUUUUUCGCCUUUUCCCGUAGUUCGUCGCAUAAAUUAACGCAAAAAUACGAGGUAGUAUCUGAUUUUAAUGAGGGGUUUCGUAACUGUAAUCCAGUCGGUCUGAAUACGUUUUUCUCUGCUAAUUUUUCGUUUUUUCUUUUUUUUGUUUAUAAAGAGCAAACCUGGCAAAAUGGUCGAGGAUGGCUCAACACAACAGAACUGCUCUAGAAUCCAUGAAUCCGCCUUCAGAUGAUUCAGGUAAGGAGGACCAAGAAGGAAAGGAAGAAAAGGGCAGCGAAGCUGGCGGAAAAGAAGAGGAAAGUGAGAAAAAGCAAACGAAUGGCAGUGAGGUGGAGAAGGAUGCAGAGACACAAGAGAAUCAGAGUGACAAGAAAGAGGAAGCAAACGAGGAAGAGGGCGGUAAGGAUGAUACUAAACAGGUGGAGGAAGGUGCAGCGCAAGAGAAUAAAGAGGGAAACACUUCUCAUUGAUGUUAAAAUUACUCCUUUUUCUCCGUAACCAAAUGUCCUCUUCAUCCGUUGUUUCCUUUGUGAAGAAAUUCUUUCCCGUCAAAACGAAAUAUUCCGGCGAGGAAAGCGUUACUCUAACGGUCUCUUCACUUGUCACGCAAGGGUCGACGUUGGUCACGAAUGAUCUCAGUAGGUUAUGUGAUGAAGUAAAAUGUGUAGAUUUUGAAGAGAAAAGUUAGUACCAGUAUAAGUUGUGCUGGGCAAUUAUUUUAUUUUCUUCGAUUUUUCUUGUGUGUGUUUGUUUGUUUUUCGUCUUUGGUUUGACAACUUUUCAAAAACGUCAAAGGGAGCCAUUGCGACAACUGCACAUAAGGGGCGAAUCAACUCGAUGCAAGUUCAAGUUGCCAGGAAACGCCUCUGUAGCACGGUUAUUUAUAGAGUGAAAGAAAAUGUCUGUUAGGGCUGAAAUUGAAAAAAACAAACAAACAAACAAACAAAAACAGAGACAAAAGACCUGUUUGAACAGGAAAAAAAAAUUUUGUGAAACGCAACAUAUUGCUUGAAAAACGUGGACCCGACUGUUUUUUCAUCCUUGUUUGAAAUGUAACCAGCAAGAGUGUUGCUCUAUGAAGAUUAAUCAUGAAUCCUUAGAAAGCAAAAUUAUAGUUUCGAUUCCGAAAAUUUAUUGUUAUGAGCAUAAAAUGAAAUCGAAAUAUUGAUAUCAUCAAGAAUACCGUCACCUACACUUAUUUAUCGGAAGUUUCUUGGUACUUUUUUUCAUGCAGAACUAAACUUUGUAGUCGUGUGGAUUGCUAAAGCUCCUUUAAAAGUCUUGAAAUUUGUAGGUUUUUUAAUGCAUUGGAAAAUGCUUUGUGGGAUGCUAAAUUGUGGGCGUUAAUAGGCAAGAAGUAGUGCGCAAAGAAAUAUCUUAACGGGAAUCUGAUAGCAAAACUAAUUAAAGGCUGGAUAGUGUAGACUUACACUUAUUAAAAAUCUGUGUUCUAAGCCUUAAAUAACAGAAUAACACAUAAUUGGUUUGUGACCAAGGAUUCAAAUUCAAAUCUUCGUCAUUUUAAUUCAAAAGAGAGGUAUUUAUUUAUGAUGGAUAUGUUAAUUGAUCUGAGUAUUUAAACAAUGAACGACUGUAUAUAUUUCAGUGUUAUCACUGUCAAAAUUUUCUUAUACAUUUGAGCUCUGUGAUAACUAUUUAAUUUAUUGGUGUUAUCUUCUGUGGCUUAGGAUGAUGUUGGCUGAACACUUCCUUUUAUCGAAUAAAAGAGCUCGUCAGAACAUCGUAGGCGAACAGCCUUGGAGACUUUUUUAGGAGGAGUUCAGUCUGCAUACUUUCGCAAGCCACAAAAAGUUUGCUUUACAAGAAAGAAAUUUUGUACGCUUCCUAUUCCAACUUUUUAUUGUAUAAAGUAUACUUAUUUAUUGCCCUGGGUCUUAUGUGCAGGGAAGAAGUUUCUAUGUAGUCAGGUGGAGGUACCGUAUUACAGUGAGGUAUUACAUGAAAUGUAAAGUGCUAUUUUAGGCAGCUGUAAUUGAGUUACGUUGACGUUCAUUCAUAAUUUUUGUGACGGACCUGGACUUACACUCCAUUCAUACUAGCAAAUCAUGAUUAGUCAAACCGAGUUUAACUGAAUGAAAUCAGAAACCGACAGGGAAGUGAAACACUGAAUUUCCAUGGGGUUCAAGUAGUCACUACCUUUUAUUUUCAGUAUGCUAAAUUUGAAGUCGAAAAACAUCGGUUUAAGCAGCUUCUGUAAAGAAGACAAUUUCCAAUCGUGUUUGAGAAAACAGCUUUAAAACAUGGUUCAGCUUUGGUGUGAAUAGGGUAUAAGUUUCCUUGUCUGCUAGUAGGAAAUCCACCCCCACCACCCCCCUAAAGAGCGUUGUUUUCUUUUGAUCUUUAUCUAAAAAUAGUUUGGCUUUUACUUGGGGUAGAGAAGUACUGAACACGUCAUCACAAUGGAAUGUACUGUGCUUUUUAUUCCCACGUUUUCACAUUUCCAGACUACCAAGUUACGAGAACAUGUGAGCAAGGUAAAGACUCGUUUGCAUAUUUCCACAUUUCCAGACUACCGAGUUAAGAUACAUGCAAGUAAGCUAAUCACACAUCACACGUUUGCACGUUUCAAGGUUUCUCCAAGGUGGUUAAUUUUACGUGCAGCAUAUUCCAUUGUAAUGACGCGUUCUUUGUUCUUCUACCCCAAGUAAAAGCGAAUAGUUUAUUCUCCCAGUUGUGAAAUGGUUUGCAAGAAUUGAAGGCAACUAUUUUGGACGUAGUCCUUAUUAGACAAAACUUUGUGUCCUUUUAGUGAAAACAGCUAAAGAGGACACUGUCCAGGCAAACAUUUGAAACUGCUCUUAAUCCGCUGAAGGGAAGGACCAUUAUAAAGUAAGGGGGGUUGGGGAGUUUAGGAGGUGGAAGAAUCAUUUGUUUCCGUCUGUUAUAAUCAUUUUUUUCAGCUUUUGCCCCAGUCCCCUCCCCCUUCUCCACUAUUUCAAUCACAUUUUACAAUAAUCCAUCCCCAAUCAACGUUUUUUACUCUUAUACUUGAUUAUUAUUAUGACUGUUUGUCGUUCUGUUCUGUCAGUAAAUUAGUUUCCACGCGGGGUAAUUGUAGAGAAACACAUACGUAAACUGAAACAAUAAACGGCCAUUGAUAUAACUUUAAACCUUUUCAUUGCAACCCUUGUAACCAACGAUUAUAUUCGUAGAGCACUCUGGACAAAAUGUGCAUCUUGUAUAAGGUAUAUAUUUGUGGGGUGGAUCUAAAUAACGAUCACUAGUGUUGUCAAAAGGUUACUUUGCUUUAGUCGUUGUAAAAUUGGUAGAAUACUGUACAACACUGUAGUCAAUGUACUGGCGUUGAAUAUGACAGGGAUCACUUCUGUCCAGUUCAAUAAAGUUCAUUGAAACUGUC